GAAACUCUAGUCUCGUACUUCAGGCUUUAUCGACUUGUUAGGUCUAUCUAGCGCUUAAUUUUAUGGAUACCGCGCAUUUGGCUGUACUCCAUCUGAAUACGUCUCUCACACAGAGCUCCACAUGCCCCGUAUCAUGUUGCGGGUUGGACAGGUCAUUGCCAUCAAUAAGAUCCCGGUGUUGUAGGUGUUCACUGCUCUGUCUCAACACUGGCACAAGCACCGAACAACAUGAGCACCCGCACAGUGUCGAUCGAGAUACCAACUAUAGUGGGUGAGCUCUCACAGCUGAUAUUCUAGAAAUCCACGCGCUGGAAUUAUUGCGCCACCAUAUGAAGUUCUUAUACGCAGCAGCCGGGAGUUCAAUUGAUUUGCCCUCGGCACCCACAUCAAGGAUUCGAUGUCCUUGGCACAGCCGGAUGUCGCUAAUCUUCAACUCAGUGACUAUCUUUCUCUCACUGCUUCUGUUGUCGUCACAUAUGACUUCUUGCUCCUGCUUGGACGCGAGGUUGAUCUAGUAUGGAAGCGUUCUUGGACUCUGAUGUCCUCACUUUAUGUCGUGGUGCGAUAUCUUGGUCUGGCGCUUGCAAUGAUUGAUUCAUUCUGUAAGCUCCACAUUCCUCGAUCGAUGAUACCGGGGUUUCACAAUGUCCAAGGGGGAGGAGUCGUCAACAUGAGCUCCGAAACGUGCUUGUGGACACUACAACUCCUGAACUGGGGUAACUACCUGUUUAUAAUUGCAAUGGAAGGCAUCAUGAUCCUACGAAUAUAUGCGAUGUAUGGCCAGUCGAGAUUGAUAUUGGGGGUUCUACUGGUUCUAUUUCUGUCAGUCAUGGCUCUGGCAUUAGCAAUAGGCAUCAGAUAUUAUGGUCCACACAGUGGGCUGAUCAUUGCACAGUUCAAUGUCCUUAACACGAACUUCUGCUUGGAUGCGCUGGGCGCCGAUCCGAUGUUCUUUGUAUAUGCAUCCAUUCCCUCAGUUUUCUUUGAUGCGCUUCUCGUCGUUCUCGCUAUAACUCGCCUGGUCAAGCAUACAAUACAGAUGAACGAAGCGACAGGCAGGUGGAGAAUGAACCAAUGCAUGAAGAUGAUAGUGCGCGACAGCGUUCUAUACUUCGUAUUAAAUCUUGCAUACAGGGUACUGAAUCUCAUUCCUCUCGCAAACAUACCAGCGGUGUGCACAUCAUUAGCCGAAUUGUUCUGCGCGAUUGAGCCUUAUGUUCUUGCUCCUCGUUUGGUGAUCAACUUUCGAGAGUAUAAUAAGGGCUCUCACGGAUUGGUGGCAAGUAGUGACUUCAUAGGACCGAUUAUAACCUCCCCAUCGGUGCGAGCCCUGGAAUAUGAGUUAGGUCCUUUGAGUCCUGCUAGUCCAGACUCGAAAUUUGACGUUGAAAGGAAUGUAUCUGGGGAGUCGUGAUGUUGCUGUCAGGCGUUACCUUUGCAUACUAUAGCACAUGG